CUCCUCAAUUUUCAACACUUCCUUUUGUCAACUCCACCAUCUCCAAACCUAACCCUCACGAUAAACCUCAAAACCCUAACCCUAGUUUCUUCUUCAGAUUCAAUUCAAUUCAAUCGAAUUCGUUUUCGUGUGUUUGUUUUUUUGGAUGAGUUGAAUUGAAUUCGAUAGAGUAUAGAUCGAGGAAGGAGAAGCCAAGAGGAGGAAAUUGGAUCGGAAUUCGUAGUCUGCAUCGAACGAACGAUGUCUGCUGCUGUGUGCGGAAGCAAGAGAUCUUUCUUUGAAGAACUUCCUCCGUCUCCGCCGUUGUCGAAGAGGCUUCGUUGUUCAUCUGCUACUUCUCCGAUUCGUUUUCCGACUCCAUCACUCUUUGAUCAGCUUCGUAAUCUCUUCCCUCACAUGGACCAACAGGUUCUUGAGAGAGCUCUUCAAGAAAGUGACAAUGAUCUAGAUGCUGCCAUCAAGAGCCUGAAUGAGCUUUACUUGGGAGCUGGGGGUGGGAAUUUUGGAACUGCUGAAGAAUCCGAGAUUGAUGUCAGUGGGGAUCAAGGUAAACUGGAAGAUGAUGUGAAUGAGUCUGCUUCUCAGAAUCAGUCUACUUUGAACAACCUUCCUGCAGACGGAGCAGAAUGGAUUGACUUUUUUGUUCGAGAAAUGAUGGUUGCUACCAGUGUUGAUGAUGCGAGAGCCCGUGCUGCUAGAAUGCUGGAGGUUCUAGAGAAAUCAAUCAGUGAACGAGCAAAGGCUGAGGCAACAGACUCUCUUCAGAAGGAAAACUUGAUGCUGAAGCAGCAAAUUGAAGUGCUGAUUAAGGAAAAAAAUUCUUUUAAAAACGCAUUCAGGAUUCAGCACGAACGCCUUGCUGAUUAUGAUAAUAAGAAUCAAGAAUUGCAGCAGUUGAAGCAGUUGGCGUCUCAAUACCAGGAACAGAUCAGAACUCUUGAGAUGAAUAACUAUGCAUUGGGAAUGCAUUUGAGGCAGGCUCAGCAGAGCAAUGGAUUUCAAGGGAACUUCCCACCCGAUGUCUUCUAACUAAAUCAAUGAGUAGUAUGUCCUAAUAAAGGUGGCAAACAGUUGCAUCCAGUUAAUUAUGUUCUCUGUACUUCAUCACGAAAGAUUAAGCAUUGUUAUAGUUUGUGUAGCUUCUAUUGCAAGCAUGCUUUUUGUUUCUAUAGUUCGAGUGAUUGAUCCUAUCAACCCUAUAUAGAACUUGACAGAUUCUUAUCCAUAAGUCAUUCCCAUAUUUUGCCUAUUUUUUGGCUUUGUUGUUGUCUAUUGAGUUCACACGAUGUUCAAGAUCAAUUUGAUAUUUUUACUGUUGACUAUUGGAAGUUUGACAUGCCCAACUCAAAUUUAUCAAGAUA